AGCGAAUAUGUUCAACUUGCUUUCUCCAGCAUUCAGUUCGCAACUCGUCUCACUCCCAUCAGCAGCAACUCGCAAAAUUCUCUCGCUCAACUCCUCACUUGCUCAGCCAGCUCGGAAUUCUCUCCACCGAAAAUUCUCCCUGUGUGGGAACCACAUCAAGGUGGGAAGUGGUGUGUGUCUCAUCUCAGUCAUCUCAUCUCGCUCUCCAUAUUUAUUACACACUCCUUCUCCGCCACGGCAAAUAAUAAAUAAAUAAAUAAUUCCAACCUCCUCACUCGGAAGGAUUACUUUUUUUUUGACGGGCGAGUACCUACGGCCGACACUUUGUGACAUUGUUUGUAAUCAGAAAGGUACACCUUGUUUACGAGUCGUCGGAAAGUGCAGUCACAACAGGAGGAGUAUGUAGUCGCACUUCUCAAAGUAAAAUAACUCUUUGUUCACUUCUCGGAGUUGUUGAUAUUGUUGAAGAGGACGAUUGAUACUGUGCCAAUGAGCAGCGGUGGUGAACAUUUAAGCUCAUUAUUCUCCACACGACGACGACGACGACGGCCAACUUGUGUAGCACAGUUUCCUUUGAACGCCCGAUUUCUGAAAUCUCGUCCACCUCCACUUUCCAACAACGGUCAUCGACAAUGGGCAAGUUUAAUGUGAUUGUGCUUGGGAGACGGUUGGCAAGAAAGUGGUGAUUUUUGACGUGUAGGCACAGACUCUUGUGUGUUCGAGGGAAACUUUUAAAUGUGUUGUUCCGUAAGCGAAAAGUUGUUCUGGCCAUGUCAGCCACAGACGUAUUGCACACACUUACAUCACUGUUUGUUGUUGUUGAUAAAAUGUGCUUCAGAAAGUGUAACAACGUUUCCAGUGAUUGAUUUGAUACAGUUUUGAACGGAAUGCGCUGAUUGAAGUACGUGGCGUUAUUAUUCAGUCGUCCUCGCUGCUGUAUUCUUUUUGAGAAAUGAACAAUCACAUGCGAGAGGAGGUAUUGUACGAGUAUGAAUUACUAAGGAGGAUGUUUUCAGUUUUGUUUCGCCUAUUUAUCGUCUGAUACGCACGAACCAAAAAUUUCUCUAAACUGCAUACGUACGUAUGUAUGCAAAUUCAAAAUGUGCUGCUCAUACUGCGCAUCAAGCAUUAGCCCAUGCAGGGUAUAAUUAUUGGGAAAGCAGUUCUUGUGCACUAAAUAGCACUGGACGGAGAGAGUGCAGUUACUUGCUUUUCGUUUUAUCGCAAUUAGUUUGCUACUGGUCGUCCCAAUUUCCUCCAAACAUGAUUGACAUGAAAAUCGAAUUUUGUGGACUGAGGACUAUAACGGUUUCUGUCCCGUCUUGUUCAUCAAUUACCCUGCUGCAGUGAAAGUAAUGUGAGAGUUUAACUUUAGGGUGGAAUACAUUACAGUCGGACGACGACGACAGAAAGGAAACGUAAACUGAUCGGGAAUAACCCUUCUUUUCCCAAUAGAAGCCAAUUUAUUGUCAUCAGAUAUGUGGACAAAACCCGAGUAAUACACUCAACCACCAAUUAAAAGAAGAAGCAGCCGUCAUAUUAUUGGAAUUAUGCAAUUACAGAUACUUACAAUUUAUUCUAGUUUUUAAGUCAAGAUGAAUGCCCUCUCAUCAAUAAUGAUAAGUCUCCACUACCGGUUGAUGGGCCACUUUACUUGCGGGGAGCCGUAUUGGUGCCCUUACUUUUAAGUACAUAUAAGUGAGCAGGACAGUGAGUGGAACCUUGUUUCUUGCUACUACCACCACAGCUCCAACAACGGAACGAACGAAUCUACCCGGUCUCGUAGUCAGUGAAUCCUGUGGGCCGUAGGUGCGUUGGCUAGUCCUCAGUCUGUCCUCGUCGCUCCCAGUGGAAGGAGAGAGAGAGAGGAACGUGGGAAUCUCAAUAAUAAUCUCAAAGUCGUGUCCUGGGAGAGGAGUGAAAGUCAGAAGGAGGGCAGUGGAGAAAGCAGCCUCCUCUCCGUGCUGCUGGGUCCGAACUCACAAGUCAGACUCUGCCAACAUAAAGUCAAUUCAAUUGAGAGAGUGAUAAUAAUAAUAAGACUGACUGACUGACUGACUGGCUGAGACGACGGAACGGUGGAACUUUAUCCCAUUGUGAAAGGGAGACUGAAGUGGAGGAGCAGAAAAUCCUCUCAACCUUACCCACUCUUUGCUAGCGUUUCAUGCACAAAUAAUAUUAUGGGUCUCGCUGCCGACGAAACUGAGACAAGUGUGCGAGUCUAACAAACGGAAAACUCAAACUUUGAUCUUUUUAUAAGGAAAGUACGAUGAAGCAUCAAUUCAUUUCCGAGGAUGAAUAGUCAGAAUACUGAAUCAGAACUUGGAAUAGUCCAACUUGGAACAAAGCCGAAUUCAACAAAGAGAGUGAAAGUAGUUGUCAACAAACCAAGGGGCCAAGUGAGACGAACAAGACUAUCAAAAACAAGUAAAUACGACGACGACGACGACAACAACACAACGCCUGAUAACCAUUUGUGGAGGUGGCUCCGCUGCGUUAAUUAUAUACUUUCUCCGCCAUCAUCAAAGAGCAGCCCAACAAAAGCAACCUAGCGCAAUUACGGGAAUUCUAUCAAAUAUUAAUAAUAGGAAUAUUUAAUUAAAUGAGACGAGAUGACGUUCCUCCUUCUUAGUCCGACGAGGGCAGGCGACGAGCCGCGCAGUGGUCGCCGUUUGCCGAGACGCUCUGGAACAUGGCCAGUAUGGACGGUGGUUGUGGGGGUGGUGGUGGUGCUGGGUGUGGGAGUAGUCAGCCCAUCCGCCCACUUGAUGGCCCUGGACGAGGAGGAAACGUCCGAUUCUCACGAGACGCUCCAGUUUUUGGAGAGGAAACGGAGUGAUGGGAGUGGUUCCUACUUUUACACGAGCAUCUCGUCCCCCAACUUUCCUGCCCCAUUUACCACCCCCUUCUCCGAGUUCUACGUCAUCAACACAUCCACCCUGGCUGGUCAGGUGGGGGCAAACCACGUGGUCAACAUUUACCUCUGCGAGCUAUUCACGGCCGAGGAGAGCUUCAAGAUUUACGACGGAGCGGGGAUGGAGCGCGUUCUGAGCAGAGAGGUCAAGCAGAUUCCCAUCCAGCUGAGGGACGACGAGGUGGCGGAGAUUCAGGUUCUUAUCAUCAACUUCCACCACCAGCUUCGCACCAAGCUCCACUUUCACUCCAUCUACGGCUACAACAUUUCCCUCGAGGUACUCGACAAAGGGGUGGCCAGCUUGAAACCGAAGCCUCAGGAGCAGAGCUGCUCGGUGAGAAACUGCUCCUAUGCCGGGCGGUGCAAGGCCUUCCCAGGAGUGCGGAGAAUGGAGUUCAAAUGCGAGUGUUUGGAAGGGUACUCUGGUCCCUAUUGUGAGUACGGCCCGGAAUGCGAUCCACGGAGGAACAUCAACUUUUGUCUCAACGGGGGCACCUGCAGGAUGUUUGGCUAUGCCGGUGGAAGAUGCGACUGUCUGCAGGGAUUUGGUGGAUCCAAGUGUCAACUCAGGAAGAGAAAGAUCAACUUUGUAGCAGAGAACCGGGACUGUUCCGAGUCAAACGGGAUCGCAGUGGAGGAUCGGCCUUGCUCUCUUUGCAACAAAUUCCCUGCAAAACCAGCCGGGCAUCGCUACCUCGUCACUGUGGCGGAUGCCCUGGUCACCUCGACUCCUGGCACGGUGACGACGACUCCUGGGCCGAGAAACGUGUCACAACUCUUGUCCCAACUGUUUGAGUUGGGCUACGUGGUGGGGAGUCAAACGGGACAAGUCAACAGAUUGAUCGUGGAAGUGUUUGGGCAACUUUCACACAACAAGGGCAACGAGAGCAGGAGCAACAACGGGACAUUUCCCCCGGGGGUGGCUGUCAAGUUGGUCGACUCUGCCGCUUCCUCUUCCAACUACGACCGGUUGCAGCCCAGCGUGAGCAUGAACAAGGAGAAGGAGAAGCCUCUCCUGGAAGGACAAGAGUUCAGUCUUACAUGUCAAAGUCGUCUUCCUUCGCACGGCCUCUUGGAAUUCCGCUGGUUCAAGGAUCAUGUUCUCAUUCGGGAAGAUUACACGACGAGACAACGCCACAUCAGCCAGUUUACCUUAGAACAAGGGGACGGGACGGAGAUUUGGUCAUUCCUGAUGAUUGACAACGUGUCCCCAUUCGACAUGGGGAUCUUCACCUGCCAGGUCACAGAUUUGGUGGCGUCCGUGCAGGAAUGUGCUGACUAUGAAAUGCUCGUCGUUGUUCCUCCACAGAUCGAGGUCAUUCCUAUGAGCAUCACCAUGGCCAAGAACGAGAGCAAGAUUUUGAUGUGUUCUGACAGUUUGGAAGCUCUGGGAAGUAAGUCUCACGAGGAUUUGCAAAUUACAUGGUACAAGGACCAAGAGCUCGUGAGGGACAACAGGCUUUGGUCCACCGAGAAGAUCUUCCCACAAGGAACUCUCCUCCAACUUCGCCAUGCCACCAGAUCCGCCACUUUCACCUGCAAGGCUACCAAUAAAGGAGGGGUGCGAGAGCGUUCUGUCCGCGUGGAGGUUCUCCAGCCCUGGGCGUCACCCUAUGACUACUGUCCCCAGAGUUGCGAGGUGGUGGAGAGUGCCAGCUCGAGGCUUGUGUGGGGACUGACCGCGAUCCACCAAACUGCGCUCAUCCCCUGCCCUGCCAACUUCACGGGUUAUGCUCAACGCCGUUGCGGUGGGGGAGGGGCAAGUGGACAAGGCAAAUGGGAACCCACCGACUUUUCCCGUUGCACCCACGAACAAUUGGGUCACUUUAACUUCACACUUCGUAGUAUGCAAAACGGAUACAACGUUCGUUCCGAAGGUCUGAGCUCUCUUCCCAGUCAGUUGAGCUCAUAUUUGAAUGGGCGCCGAGGCGAUAAAGGAAUCCGACGUGGACACCAAGGGGACGUAUCUAUGAUAUCUUAUGACUUUGGGGACAGUUUGCUAUUUGGAGAAGGGGACAAGUUCAUCCGAAUGCUCGAAGACACGUUCCACUAUGUCCACCAACUGAACCAGUCAGCCCCACAUCUUCUGCAAGGAGACAUUGUCAUCCUCGGACUCGUAUCCGUCGUGGACAAUUUCUUGGGAUUUCGAAACUCCUGUGCUCAUCCCAGUGCUGUGGACGCACUUCUCAAGCAUGUUCUCUCCCUGGUGAAAGAAUUUGGGGUCGAGAACUACACGAGUUCUCACAUCUUCAUCCAACGAGCAUUUAUCCCUGCACCAACCAACACGAGCAGCAAUGAGUCCGUCACUUUGGUAGAGAUUGACGGCAACUCGACCUCCCUGACGUUUGAUUGCAUGGGUCUCGUCGAGGAGACGCCAUUCGUAGAACGCCACUUGAGGUACACCCAGCUGUCUGGCCUCCCCCUACUCAACGACAACCUGUCCCUCGUGAGUGACGUGGUGAGGGUGGAGUUCAGCCCUUCUCUCGACGAGACCAAGACUUGUGUGAGGGAUGAGACGACGAGUUUUCACCUCCACUUUCACACCUUGCUGACCAACACAAGUAGGAACAAGACGUGCGGGGGGUUCUACGACUCCCGAUGGAACAGGGACAUUUGUACACUCCACACGACCCUCGUGGGGACAAUGACCUGCCUCUGCAAGUACCCUGGAACUUACGCCCUGCUCGAAGUUGAGGAACAAAUCAUCAUUCAGCCGAAGAGGGUCAAUACGGCCUACCAAUUACCUCCAGAGUGGAUUGCGACCUCGGGGUGCAUCGUGUGUCUCGUCCUGACUUCGAGAAGUUUGGUUUAUGGCCUGUUUCGCAAAGUGGUUCUUCCCUAUUUCCUCCUAGUCUCCACCGGACUCAUCCUCAGCACAAUUUGCAUUCUACACAUCAUCCUCAUGACCUACUCCCGAGAUGUUGGGGUGACCUACAUGACCUUGACAUUGGGCAUCCAGUCUAUCCGGAUUUGGCGUCUUCUGUGGGUUGGCGAUAUUCGUGAACUGUACCCCUGGAUGGAGGAAGUAUCCCCUUGGAUUCUCCUCAGUGCAAUCACCUUCACGUUGGUCGGACCCUUGUUCACGGUCGUUGUGGUGGACUCAGCCCUUGCCACUACCACAGACAAGGGGUCCGUGCUGGACCAACAGUCACCCGUUUUCAUAACCUUUGCAAUUCUCAUUGCCCUCUCCGUGCUCGCCAUCGUUCUCCUCUACUACAAAACCAACCUCAGGUUCCAUUGGAAAACCCCAACGAUCAACAAUAAUUUGCAUGGAGGGGAUCAGCAUAGCCUGAGCGAAACAUUUCUUCAAACUUUGGUCCACAUGGUCCAAAUCCUGAGUGUGAUUCUUUACGUGAACCUGAGACACCACACAUCCAUCCACGUUCUGCUGGCGGUAGCCACUACCGUUCUGGGACUGGCUUGGCGAGCACCUUCCCAGCGACUUCAGGGCGGGAAGCGACGAAACGGUGGUCCUCGGGGGGAGGAGGCCACGCCCACACUCAACGGCACCUGUUCUGCUCUCCCCACCUCGCAUCCCAACCACCCCAACUUUGCCAAUUCCCAGCGGGCAAACAGUGUAGCGAGCAGUGGCAGCGUUGGAGGGUACAAGUUGGAGCUGAAGCCACUAAGGGACGUUCCCCCACAGCAACCACAAGAGCCCCUUAACCCAGGGCACCCCAGUCUGGAAGAGGAGGACGAAGGUGACGACGAAGAGAAUGAACCCACCACGACGCUCGAUACGAGCGUUAGCACCAUCAGCCACUCGGGGUUGGCGUACUUGCGACCGUACUCGGGCAUCCUGCCGUCGAGGAUGAAAUGUCAACUUAGCCUGGAUGACAACUAUGUCCUCCCCACGCCAAAGUGAAAUUAUCAGACGACAUGCAUAAUUAUUAAAUAUUCGACUGCAUUCGACCGUUCGUUUCCCUUAAUAUAAUAUGACUCACAAAUUUGCGUAUUUAGGGUCGUUUAAAUACGAGAUUUUUGAUACCUACAUACGUAUAGUGUCCGCAGAAUAUUAUGGUGAUGUUGCAAAGCAGUCGUGGUAUGAAUAUCUGGUCUCUCUGCAGUAGACGUAGUAUUUUUGCAUUUUUUUGUAUUCGGACAAUAUAUUUAAUACAUUUAAUAUCGACAACGAAACUAUAGAACAAGGUAUAGGUUUUUAUAAUCUAUCUGUAUCCAGUUAUUAUAUUUAUCUACGUGUAAGAUGCAGUGCUAUUUACUACGGUGUAAAAUGCGGUACAUAAAUUAAAUGCUGUUGAGCAGGUCAACCAAAUUACGAAAUGAUCGCGAAGAAUGCAUUGUUCAAAAAUCAAAUCAACUCCCAGUACAAAUGCUCCAAAAACACUGAACAAGGUAUGAGUCCAACCGUUGCGUUGCAGCAAUUCAGUCAUUAAUAUUGUGCAUCGGCCACAGCUAAACACAAACAACAUUAUUGCUACGACAAAUGUGCGACAGAAACACAUUUGCAUUUGAAAGAAUGAAUACUAGCUAAUGAUUUUGUGAAAGGUACAAAUUUACUGAUAAAUAAAGGAAGAGAGAUUUUAUAUGAAA